GUUGUCAUUUGUCACUCAUCACACGAACAGCAUCUAUAUUUCAUGUCUGGAUUCGCAUUCGUCUGCCACGUGAUAAAACUCCCACCUCGUGCUUAUAUACACCGCCGUGAUUCCUAUCAGGGAUUGAAACGCAGUCGCAGAAGCAAACACUCGCUAUCUAUCUCAUCAUCAUCACCAUCAUCAGCAAUGGAGGAACCAAAGCUGCUGAAGCUGAAACCAAUCGAAGCUACUCCGGCAACCUUCAAAGACUACGGCCAGGUCAUCCAAGCUUCCCCGGACGGCCACGGCUUCGGUCCUCAUGAUGCUCAACUCGACCUCACCCGAGGAAUUCCCAGGUUCUAUAUUAUGCAUCUUGAAAACCGCCCGCUUAAGUUCUCUAAUAUCACACAUCAUGCAAGCGUGACUCAGUGCCUUGGGUCCAUUGGAGGUCAUGCGUGGUAUCUUGGGGUGGCUAAGCCAUCUAUUGUUGACUCCAGUGAAAUCAAGGAUGACACUGACAGGAAAGUUGUGCAGUCACGCUCCGGUCAUCUAUACGUGCCUCCUGCUAUUGAGGACAUCCAUGUUUUCAAGGUUACAGGUUCCAAAUUUCUCAAGCUUAAUCGUGGGACAUGGCAUGCUGGCCCUAUAUUUAAGGCUGACUCAAUGGACUUCUACAAUCUGGAACUGAGCAAUACAAAUGAGAUUGACCAUACCACACACAACUUUAAGAAGGACAAUGGAGUGAUCUUCUCAAUCGAUGAGUAAUGGUGUAGCGGAAUUUUCAGUGUUUCAACUGAUUCUGCAUACUGUAUAUUAUUAAGAGAGAAAUAACACAUGUUAUAUACUAUAUAUAAUUCCCGGAAACUUCAGAAUGUACUUCAUUUGAUGCUGCUACUCAACUUUUUCAUGUACUCUUAUAA